AAGGAACUGGCACCUCACAAACCCUACUGCGCAUGCUCGUUCCUUGACCCCAGCCUGAGGUGACUGCCCAAACCUAGGCGGGGGCCCCCAGACACCGAGGCCGAGGGACCCGCCGCUGCUCGGCCUCCGGAGAGAGAGGGCCCCUCUGCCGUCGCCGCCCGGCCGGUGCCCGGACAGAGCCCCUGGACUGCCAGGUUCCUUGCAGGGAGGUGGAGGACAAAUCCUACUGAGACCUGAGCGUGGCCUGGGGGCCCGGCCGCCCAUCCCAGAAUGCCCCUGCCCGAGUCCAGCGAGCAGGAGGGCGAGAGUGUAAAGGCCGGCCAGGAGCCCACCCCUGAACCCCCUGAGCCGGGCACAGAUGUUGUCCCCGCAGCCCCCAAGAAACCCAGGAAGUUCUCCAAACUGGUCCUGCUGACGGCCUCCAAGGACAGUGCCAAAGUGGAAGGGGCCAAGCGCAAAGGCGUGCACUGCAUCAUGUCCCUGGGGGUGCCUGGCCCUGCCACCCUCGCCAAAGCCCUCCUGAAGAUCCAUCCUGAGGCUCAGCGGGCCAUCGAGGCCGCCCCCCAGGAGCCUGAACAGAAACGCAGCAAGCUGGACACAGAUGGAAAAGAAGACGGAAGCUUAGCAGGCCCUUCUGCCUCCAGCCCCUCAGUGGACGGGGAGGAGUCCACCUCGGUCCCCGUCGAGCCCAGGGCGGCCCCGUAGCCCUGACAACCGAGGGUGCGUCCUGCCCGGGUCAGUGAUCUUGGCUGCGGCUUCUACAUGUUCCACUGGGCUUCUCCUGGGGCCCAGCCCCUGACUGGUUUUCACUUUCAGCACUGUAAUUUUUUCCCCCUUGAUCAAGCAUAAUUUACUUUUGUAGCAAAAAAAAAAAAAUUUUUUUAAGAGAAUAAAAGAUGCUGUACACUAGGUCCCAUCAUA